CGCGGGGUCAGGGAACCGGAAGUUCCGGCGGUUCCGCUUCCUCCAACGUCCCGGAACCUGCCUUGUUGUGACUGCCGGCCUCAGAGUUUUGCCGGUCUCCCCCUCAGACGCCGCCGCCGCCGUCGUUCCGCGCUCGGGCGGGCGGAGGCGAGCGAUGAAGUCCAGGCAGCGCAGCUGAAGCCGCCGAGGGAGGAAGGCCUUGCUGGGGGCGGCGGCGGCGGCGGCGCCUCCUAUAUGGGCCACUUUCUCUCGCGAAAGGGAACCAGCCAGACCGCGGAUAGGAGCCGCCGCCGCCGACCCCUGAGGGGGAAAGUGCCAGUGCCGCCGCCUCGGGACCGGAGCUGCUUCCUGCGCGGGCCCUGCAUGCUCUGCUUCCUGGUGCACAGCGCCAGCCCGCCCGCCGCCGCCGCCUCCGAGGAACCGCCGCCGCCUGCUGCUCCUCCGCUUCUCUACGCGGCUCUGAAGGCGCCCGAGGACCGCGCCGCCCGCCGCCUGCUGCGCUUCUCCUGCCGCCGCCUGCUGCUCUCCGGCCUCCUCUUCUCCUCUCCUCCGCCUUCCGCGCGGAGAGCGGGGCCUGCGCUGGAGAGCAGCGAGGCCCCCCCGGAGAUGGUGUGCAAGCGCAAGGGCGUCCGGCUGCUCCCCUGCCCGCCCCGAAAGCAGCCCCGCUGCGCCGCCGCCGCCGCCGCCAUCCCAGCCACAGGGGCCGGGAGCCCCGCUUCCACGCCGUCGCCUCCGCCACCCGAUGUUUCUGCCGCCGCCGCCGCUUCUCCUUCGCUGCCCGAGCAGCACCUCUGUCCGCUGCCCUGCGCCUCGGACCGCGCCCGGGGAGGCUCGCCGCCCAAGGACCCCGCCGUCGGCGAGAACGGGGACGAUGGGGAAGGGCUGGCGGAGGCGGCGGCGGCUGCGGGCUCCCCGUCUCAGCUGCCCGAGCUGGACGGGAGGGAGAAGGGCGAGGCCCGCGAGCCGGACUGCGAGGAGCCCCCCGAGAACCCCGGGGACUGCUGCCGGGAGCCGCAGCCCCCCUCGCCCGACAUCAACCAGCUGCCGCCCUCCAUCCUCCUCAAGAUAUUUUCCAACUUAUCUUUGAAUGAGCGAUGUCUUUCAGCAUCGUUGGUUUGUAAAUAUUGGCGUGACCUCUGUUUAGAUUUCCAGUUUUGGAAGCAAUUGGAUCUCAGUAGUCGUCAGCAGGUCACCGAUGAGUUACUGGAAAGAAUUGCAUCAAGAAGCCAGAAUAUAACUGAAAUCAAUAUUUCAGAUUGCCGUAAUGUAUCGGAUACAGGAGUAUGUAUAUUAGCAUCUAAAUGUCCUGGACUUCUAAGAUAUACCGCAUAUAGAUGUAAACAGCUGUCUGAUACGUCUAUAAUUGCAGUGGCUUCACAGUGUCCUCAACUGCAGAAGGUACAUGUGGGCAACCAGGAUCGACUCACUGAUGAAGGACUCAAGCAGCUCGGAUCAGAGUGCAGAGAACUGAAAGAUAUUCAUUUUGGGCAGUGUUACAAGAUCUCAGAUGAAGGAAUGAUAAUCAUAGCUAAAGGAUGCCUGAAGUUACAGAGAAUAUACAUGCAGGAAAACAAAUUAGUGACAGAUCAGUCGGUUAAAGCAUUCGCUGAACAUUGUCCCGAGUUGCAGUAUGUUGGGUUUAUGGGCUGUUCUGUUACAUCUAAAGGAGUCAUACACCUUACCAAUCUAAGAAACCUUUCCAGCUUGGAUCUACGUCAUAUCACAGAACUGGAUAAUGAAACAGUGAUGGAAAUAGUAAAGAGAUGCAAAAACCUUACCUCCCUCAAUCUGUGUCUGAACUGGAUUAUAAAUGACAGAUGUGUAGAAGUCAUUGCUAAAGAAGGGCAGAACUUGAAAGAACUUUAUUUGGUGUCCUGUAAGAUCACAGACUAUGAGUCUGCCAUCCUGGGUGUGAGCUGGAAGACACCAAGGGAGUCAUGGCACUCCUGUAGACAAUCACUGAUAGCCAUUGGCCGAUACAGUAUGACAAUAGAGACUGUGGAUGUGGGAUGGUGCAAAGAAAUCACAGAUCAGGGAGCCACCCAAAUUGCUCAAAGUAGUAAGUCGCUCAGAUACUUGGGACUAAUGCGAUGUGAUAAGGUUAAUGAAGUGACUGUGGAACAACUAGUGCAGCAGCAUCCACACAUCACUUUCAGUACUGUACUACAAGACUGCAAGAGAACUUUGGAACGGGCUUACCAGAUGGGCUGGACACCCAAUAUGUCAACUGCCUCUUAAUUCAUGAUGUGAUAGUCAAAUACUCGGCAGAUUCAGGCUGAACAUUUGAACACUGUUAAGUUUUUUAUGAAUAUUUUUGCUUUAUAUUAAAUAUAUGUUAAGCUUUUAAUAUUGAAUAUACAUAUACAUACAUAUAUGUAUGUAUCGUUCAAUGUAGUGGGAAAUGUCUAUUCUGUCUUUUCGUGGAAAUAUUGAAAGAGAAACCUGGUCAGAUAUAUUUAAUUUUUUUGGAAAGUUUAUUUGUCAACCUAAACAUCUGCAAGUUGAGUAAAAUGUUGCAGAGGGUUUGCAACUUUUUUUGAUGCAACAUAACUGUAAGUUUACAUAAAAUAGAAACACUAUUUGGAUGUGUGUGUGUUUUUCCUACUACAAGUUCAGGAUAGAAACAACUCUUUAAAGAUGCAUUGUAAGAUUUUUGUAUACAUAAAUCUGAUGUUUAAAAGCCUUUUGGCAAAUUUAUUGAAGUGGGUUUCUGCUAGUUCUGUGGGUAGUUUCAGCAAUGUAAUAAUACAUUACACUUUUUUCUUUCAUGAUUUUUCCUUAUUUUUGCUGCUCAUAUUUCCUUUCAGAUAGGAAGUGUUGAUUCCUUUCCUGGACUCACUUAAAUUAGAGACUGAUCUUAAAUGGAUGCUACCCACAUUUGUGUGUUUGAGCUGCACAGUUGUGAAAAUUCACAGAUAACUGUGAUGCAAGAAUAUAACAUUUUGAUGACAAAUCUUUAUUUUGGAUGGAAUCUUUAAUAAAUGCUGGACUCAUGUGGAAUGGAUAUUUAAGCAGAUGAUCCUGCUGGUUUCUGUUGGUGCUGCCAAAGUGAUGUUUUUGCCCUGCAUCUAGUUUUCAGUAUCUUGUGAAUGCAUGUUAUUUUGAGACAGGCUUCUGUAGCAGUUGUUCCCAGCUGAAUGUGCCCUUCAUUUGGUUUCUCCAUGUUUGCACCUUCCAGUUUCCCACAAUGUUUUCAUUUUUAACAAUAUUCACUAAGCAAAUCUGAAAAACAUAAAGAUAAAUGACCAAUUAAGAGAUAAAAAUUCAUAGUUUUUCCCACUCUGUGAAAGAACUGUGGUGAGCCUUUGUCUGUACAAUAUCUCUUCACCUCUCCUGGGGCAUGCCAAAGGCAGUUGGAUGUAUCUGGUUCCACUUUUAGACAAACCAUAGCUCCUCAUUGCACCUGAACUCAGAGAACACUGGUUAGUUAAAACUACAGUUAGUUCAGACGAUCCAGAAGUGGUUCCCGAUGCUGACAUGCUCACUCACUGUAGUUUAAAAGAAGCCACCAUUCCCCAUGUUUGGAUGUAGUGAAGAACUAUGGUUUGUUUAAAAGCAGAUGCUAGGGGGAAACACAUGAACCCAGAACCUAAAAUGGCUCGCGUAAAAAUCCAGAGUUUCCUGUUAUGUUCAAACUUGCCAGGUUACAUAUUGGGGCAUGUCCCAAGUGACCCGUGCACAAGUGGAAGGCAUUUUUGCUCCUUUAUGGCAGGCGGUUUCUCUCCAAUCCCUUUCCCUAGGCUGUAUGCCACAUCACAUAUCAAUUCAUGUUUUUUCAGGGUGGAUGGAAGCUGCAGUGGGAAGGAAUAUGAGAGCCCCCAAUCUCUGUUUAAAACAUUGUGCAUGGUUCUUCGAGCUAUGCCUUUGCAGAUAUACAGCUUAGUGGAUUCAGAGUGUUUCCUUCUUCUGCGCAAUCACAUGUAUAGAUCAUAUUGAGAAAGUCUAGUGUGAACUCUUCGCUACAGUUUUCCAGACCCACAGAAAUGGUUGCUGGUUCAGCAUAAGCACGGCCAUGUGUUUAAACUAAUCUUUCUCUGUGCAGUCAUGUAUCUGGAUUCAUUUUCAGCUGGAGAAAUGUGCCCCUGUAAACUGACCUAAUAAAGUUAUCUUAGACAGGUAUCCUUAUACACACUUACUUGGAAGUAACUUCCAUUGAACACAGUGGGACUUCCUUCUGAAUAGGCAUGUGUAGUAUUGCGCCUUACUCGUCUGUCAUCGCUGGUUAGUAAAUACUGAAUUAAAACAAAUGAAUUAUGGUUUUUAUUGUUAAGCUAAUUAAAGACCCAGUCCUGAAAGUGCCCAGUUCCAGGGUAUAACUUUCUGCUGCCCAACUGUUCUGCCAUACCUGAAGUUGCCACAGUGCAAAACGUUUGGAAUCCAAAACAGGUUUAUAUGUGCAGAGAAUGUUGUGAUGAAAUGGUUAGUUUUAAGCCUGUUAAACUAUUGUGAAGGGUUAAAUUUGAAGACAGUUGACAAGCAGACACUGGAAACACAGACAGGGCAAUAAGUAACCUUUAGAAUGUAACAAUUUGAUAAAGGGUGAUUCUUCCCCUCCCAUGCAACACUGUGUAUUUGUUUUUUAAAGGUUAAAGUGUUUUAAUCCAAAAUAUCAAAUGUUCAGGCUUCACCUGAAGAGUUGCCAUUAUUGUCAAAAUGUUUGGCUAAUCUAGAAGACUUUAGGCAGCACAGCUCUGAAAACAACAUUAGUAUGUUUGUAUAAAUCACAAGUCCAGUCUCGCAGCAUCAAUUCCUGAGGACAGAAAGGGCUUGCUGUGUCAUUUCCGUGACAGUUCUUUGAAUGUUUUCUUAUUAGAUAUUUCAAAUUGAGACUAAAAGCCUUUGCAAAAGGAACAAAAA